CUAUUUGAACUUCAAAAUCCCCAUAACAAAGUAUAGACACAAAUAUCAUCUCUACUUUCAAGUUGAUUUGCAUCUAGCCAUGGAAAGUACAGUAAGAGAUGUUGAUGAAGCAACAAUAAUGAAGUCUUCCGCGCGUCGAAAGAACGGUGGUUGGAUAACAUUCCCCUUCAUUAUAGCAACCAUGGCGGGCUUAUCGCUUGCUUCUGGAGGGUGGACAAGCAACCUGAUUGUUUAUUUGAUAGAUGAAUUCAACAUGAAGAGUAUCAAAGCAGCUAAAGUUUACAAUGUGAUCAAUGGAUGCACCACACUUUUCCCCAUUGUUGGUGGAAUCUUAGCUGACUCUUAUCUUGGCUGUUUUUCUGUCAUUUGGUUUUCAUCUCUUAUCUCUGCAUUGGGUAUAUUGCUUCUAUUGUUAACAUCAGCAAUUGAUGUACUAAGACCUCCAUCAUGUGAUGAUGGAUCUAGUCUCUGCACGAGCCCGUCAACACACCAAUACGCGGUAUUAUACAUGGCUCUGGCAUUAGCAUCACUAGGUAUCGCGGGUACACGUUAUACAAUAGCACCCAUGGGAGCUAAUCAAUUCGAUAAACCAAAACAUCAAGCAAUUUUCUUCGAUUGGUACAUAUUCGCGUUCUACACGUCCUUUGCCAUUAGCACCACAGUUAUUGUUUAUGUAGAGGACAAUGUGAGUUGGUCAUGGGGUUAUGGUAUCUCCAUGGCAUUCAACAUCCUUGGCUUGGCAAUGUUCCUCAUUGGGAAACGUUUUUAUCGCGAUGUUAAGGAACAAGGUGGUAGCCCUUUCGUCAACUUAGCUCGUGUUAUGGUUGUUGCCAUUCAGAAAUGGAGAGUCCCUCUUUCGGAACAAACUCAACACUACCAUCACGAUCACCUAACAACUUCUCAAAUUCCUACGAAAUCCUUCAAGUUCUUGAAUUGUGCUGCGUUUGUUACUGAGGGAGAUACUAAACCAGACGGAUCGAUUAGUAAUCCAUGGAGACUAUGCACAGUACAACAAGUAGAAGAUUUGAAAAGCUUGAUCAAGCUUUUCCCUCUAUGGGCUAGUGGUUUUCUUAUAUCGACUCAACUAGUCAUACAAACGAGCUUGUUAAUACUUCAAGCUCUCAAAAUGGAUCGCCAUAUUGGACCUCAUUUCGAGAUCCCAGCUGGUUCUAUGUCCGUCUUCAUUUUGCUAUUCACAUGUAUAGCCAUAUUCAUCAUUGAUCGAUUUUUGUAUCCUUUUCUAGCUAAGUACACUAGGUUCACUCUCACCCCUCUUCAACGUAUCGGAAUAGGCCAUGUUAUAACUGUUAUUAGCAUGGCUGUUUCCGCCCUGGUUGAGUCUAGACGAUUGAGGUUUGCUAGAUCACACAAACUCAAAGGCCAAAACAAUGACAUUGUUCCAAUGUCAGUGUUUUGGCUAGUGCCACAACUAGCUCUAAAUGGGAUUGGAGAAGGAUUUCAUUUUCCAGGACAUAUCGCGUUUUAUUAUCAAGAAUUUCCAACGUCCUUGAAGAGUACAUCGACUGCAAUGGUUGCAUUGUUUAUUGGUAUCGCGUACUAUUUGGGGAACGCUUUGAUUGAUCUAGUUCAACGACUAUCAGGAUGGUUACCAGACGAUAUCAACGAGGGGAGAAUGGACAACGUCUUCUGGCUUUGUUGCAUCCUGGGAUCAGCUAACUUCAUAUAUUACGUCGUGUGUGCUUCCUUGUACAAGUAUAAAAAUAUCGAUAACAAAUCAAAUAUCGCGCCUAGUAAAUGAUACUCAUUGUUUAUAUCUCAAAGAAACAUGUAUAUUCAUCAUGAUAUAAGUAUUGUGGUUUCUUUAGUUGUAUACGAGUGUUGAUAAGCUCUUUGAAGAAUAGUAAGCUUUUCAUCUAACAUUCUUUGUCAUAUAGAAUGUAAGGACUUUAAGAUUUAAAUGACGUCUCGAUUCUGUAUCAGGAAACUUAUUGGUUAAGGAUGAAGGAGCACUCCAAUCUUAAAUGACGUCUCGAUUAUGUAUCAGAAAACUCGAAGCGAGACCUAUUGAUUAAGCAUGAAGGAGUACUCCACGGCCCUGUUGAUGAUAUAUAUUGUUUAAGAAUUGAUUUAUGCGUAGUGACAAUUGACAAUGUUUCUUUAGUUUUUUUUUUUUUGCAAAACCAAUUGUAAUUUGUGGAAUAAUUUAUAAUUUAUUUUUUUCUCGAAAAAUAUUGAAUUUUGUAGAAAAAGUAUAAAAAUCUUUUUCAAAAUAGUAGAAAUAUUAUAGAUCUUGAACUAAACUACUAAAUUUGUAUAUGAUUAAGUAAAGUUCGAGCUUACCUCUAUCCAAUCAAGAAAUAUAUA